AUGGCGGAUGACAAAGUUAAAAAUAACUUGAGAAGCAAUUCGUCCAUAAAUAACGAACUUGAUUGGGAAGAUUUGGAAUUUACUCUUCUGUCAACUGAUCCACCUCUCACGACAGGACUAAAGAAUAUAAGAGAUGAACAGGCACAGCAGGCAGCCAGACUUGUGAAAUUAGAAGGCAUGUCCUGUGAAUAUGAUGAUGAGUAUUAUGAUUUUGAAGAUGGCCCAGAUGACAGACCCCAGGCCAAGGAAUGUUUAAAUGAUGAGGACGAAUUGUCAGACAUUGGUGGAAGUCCUGGACUUUUGAAAAGGAAAGUUGAAGAGUCACCAGCCCAAACUAGUAAUCACACCACCACUGAAAAUUGCUUUUCAUCGAUGUCAAAAAGGAUCAAGCCGUCUGAUUCAAUAGUUGAUAAAACUGUGGAUGAAGUUUUGGCCAAUAAUAUAAAUGAACUUUUCAGACAAGGAAUGAGCGAUGACCAAUAUGAUGCGCUUAUAAAAGAUGAAGCCACAGACAGGCCAACAAAUUGUGAUGCGUUAGUCACAGCAAAAACCAAUCAACUAGUAUGGGACAUCAAAAACAUCAGAUAG